UUCAUUGCACUCAGAAAAAUCCUAGCUCCAAGCCCAACCCUAACCCUAGCUCCAACACUAACCCUAACUCCAACCCUAACCCUAACCCUAACCCUAGCUCCAACCCUAACCCUAACCAUAACCCUAACCCAUGCAUUCCUAUGGGAAAAAAUCAAAUUUUUUUAGGAAUGUCCUAGAGACUCGAGAGGUGGUUCAGUGCACUCAGAAAAAUCCUAGCUCCAAGCCCAACCCUAACCCUAGCUCCAACACUAACCCUAACUCCAACCCUAACCCUAACCCUAACCCUAGCUCCAACCCUAACCCUAACCCUAACCCAUGCAUUCCUAUGGGAAAAAAUCAAAUUUUUUUAGGAACGUCCUAGAGACUCGGGAGUUGGUUCAUUGCACUCAGAAAAGUCCUAGCUCCAAGUCCAACCCUAACCCUAGCUCCAACACUAACCCUAACUCCAACCCUAACCCUAACCCUAACCCUAGCUCCAACCCUAACCCUAACCAUAACCCUAACCCAUGCAUUCCUAUGGGAAAAAAUCAAAUUUUUUUAGGAACGUCCUAGAGACUCGGGAGUUGGUUCAUUGCACUCAGAAAAAUCCUAGCUCCAAGCCCAACCCUAACCCUAGCUCCAACACUAACCCUAACUCCAACCCUAACCCUAACCCUAACCCUAGCUCCAACCCUAACCCUAACCCUAACCCAUGCAUUCCUAUGGGAAAAAAUCAAAUUUUUUUAGGAACGUCCUAGAGACUCGGGAGUUGGUUCAUUGCACUCAGAAAAAUCCUAGCUCCAAGCCCAACCCUAACCCUAGCUCCAACACUAACCCUAACUCCAACCCUAACCCUAACCCUAACCCUAGCUCCAACCCUAACCCUAACCAUAACCCUAACCCAUGCAUUCCUAUGGGAAAAAAACCAAAUUUUUUUAGGAAUGUCCUAGAGACUCGGGAGUUGGUUCAGUGCACUCAGAAAAAUCCUAGCUCCAAGCCCAACCCUAACCCUAGCUCCAACACUAACCCUAACUCCAACCCUAACCCUAACCCUAACCCUAGCUCCAACCCUAACCCUAACCCUAACCCAUGCAUUCCUAUGGGAAAAAAUCAAAUUUUUUUAGGAACGUCCUAGAGACUCGGGAGUUGGUUCAUUGCACUCAGAAAAAUCCUAGCUCCAAGCCCAACCCUAACCCUAGCUCCAACACUAACCCUAACUCCAACCCUAACCCUAACCCUAACCCUAGCUCCAACCCUAACCCUAACCAUAAACCUAACCCAUGCAUUCCUAUGGGAAAAAAUCAAAUUGUUUUAGGAAUGUCCUAGAGACUCGGGAGUUGGUUCAGUGCACUCAGAAAAAUCCUAGCUCCAAGCCCAACCCUAACCCUAGCUCCAACACUAACCCUAACUCCAACCCUAACCCUAACCCUAACCCUAGCUCCAACCCUAACCCUAACCCUAACCCAUGCAUUCCUAUGGGAAAAAAUCAAAUUUUUUUAGGAAUGUCCUAGAGACUCGGGAGUUGGUUCAGUGCACUCAGAAAAAUCCUAGCUCCAAGCCCAACCCUAACCCUAGCUCCAACACUAACCCUAACUCCAACCCUAACCCUAACCCUAACCCUAGCUCCAACCCUAACCCUAACCCUAACCCAUGCAUUCCUAUGGGAAAAAAUCAAAUUUUUUUAGGAACGUCCUAGAGACUCCGGAGUUGGUUCAUUGCACUCAGAAAAAUCCUAGCUCCAAGCCCAACCCUAACCCUAGCUCCAACACUAACCCUAACUCCAACCCUAACCCUAGCUCCAACCCUAACCCUAACCAUAACCCUAACCCAUGCAUUCCUAUGGGAAAAAAUCAAAUUUUUUUAGGAAUGUCCUAGAGACUCGGGAGUUGGUUCAGUGCACUCAGAAAAACCCUAGCUCCAAGCCCAACCCUAACCCUAGCUCCAACACUAACCCUAACUCCAACCCUAACCCUAACCCUAACCCUAGCUCCAACCCUAACCCUAACCCUAACCCAUGCAUUCCUAUGGGAAAAAAUCAAAUUUUUUUAGGAACGUCCUAGAGACUCGGGAGUUGGUUCAUUGCACUCAGAAAAAUCCUAGCUCCAAGCCCAACCCUAACCCUAGCUCCAACACUAACCCUAACUCCAACCCUAACCCUAACCCUAACCCUAGCUCUAACCCUAACCCUAACCAUAAACCUAACCCAUGCAUUCCUAUGGGAAAAUAUCAAAUUUUUUUAGGAAUGUCCUAGAGACUCGGGAGUUGGUUCAGUGCACUCAGAAAAAUCCUAGCUCCAAGCCCAACCCUAACCCUAGAUCCAACACUAACCCUAACUCCAACCCUAACCCUAACCCUAACCCUAGCUCCAACCCUAACCCUAACCAUAACCCUAACCCAAGCAUUCCUAUGGGAAAAAAAUCAAUUUUUUUUUAGGAAUGUCCUAGAGACUCAGGAGUUGGUUCAGUGCACUCAGAAAAAUCCUAGCUCCAAGCCCAACCCUAACCCUAGCUCCAACACUAACCCUAACUCCAACCCUAACCCUAACCCUAAUCCUAGCUCCAACCCUAACCCUAACCCUAACCCAUGCAUUCCUAUGGGAAAAAAUCAAAUUUUUUUAGGAAUGUCCUAGAGACUCGGGAGUUGGUUCAGUGCACUCAGAAAAAUCCUAGCUCCAAGUCCAACCCUAACCCUAGCUCCAACACUAACCCUAACUCCAACCCUAACCCUAACCCUAGCUCCAACCCUAACCCUAACCCUAACCCAUGCAUUCCUAUGGGAAAAAAUCAAAUUUUUUUAGGAACGUCCUAGAGACUCGGGAGUUGGUUCAUUGCACUCAGAAAAAUCCUAGCUCCAAGCCCAACCCUAACCCUAGCUCCAACACUAACCCUAACUCCAACCCUAACCCUAACCCUAACCCUAGCUCCAACCCUAACCCUAACCCUAACCCAUGCAUUCCUAUGGGAAAAAAAUCAAAUUUUUUUAGGAAUGUCCUAGAGACUCGGGAGUUGGUUCAUUGCACUCAGAAAAGUCCUAGCUCCAAGUCCAACCCUAACCCUAGCUCCAACACUAACCCUAACUCCAACCCUAACCCUAACCCUAACCCUAGCUCCAACCCUAACCCUAACCAUAACCCUAACCCAUGCAUUCCUAUGGGAAAAAAUCAAAUUUUUUUAGGAACGUCCUAGAGACUCGGGAGUUGGUUCAUUGCACUCAGAAAAAUCCUAGCUCCAAGCCCAACCCUAACCCUAGCUCCAACACUAACCUUAACUCCAACCCUAACCCUAACCCUAACCCUAGCUCCAACCCUAACCCUAACCCUAACCCAUGCAUUCCUAUGGGAAAAAAUCAAAUUUUUUUAGGAACGUCCUAGAGACUCGGGAGUUGGUUCAUUGCACUCAGAAAAAUCCUAGCUCCAAGCCCAACCCUAACCCUAGCUCCAACACUAACCCUAACUCCAACCCUAACCCUAACCCUAACCCUAGCUCCAACCCUAACCCUAACCAUAACCCUAACCCAUGCAUUCCUAUGGGAAAAAAAUCAAAUUUUUUUAGGAAUGUCCUAGAGACUCGGGAGUUGGUUCAGUGCACUCAGAAAAAUCCUAGCUCCAAGCCCAACCCUAACCCUAGCUCCAACACUAACCCUAACUCCAACCCUAACCCUAACCCUAACCCUAGCUCCAACCCUAACCCUAACCCUAACCCAUGCAUUCCUAUGGGAAAAAAUCAAAUUUUUUUAGGAACGUCCUAGAGACUCGGGAGUUGGUUCAUUGCACUCAGAAAAAUCCUAGCUCCAAGCCCAACCCUAACCCUAGCUCCAACACUAACCCUAACUCCAACCCUAACCCUAACCCUAACCCUAGCUCCAACCCUAACCCUAACCAUAAACCUAACCCAUGCAUUCCUAUGGGAAAAAAUCAAAUUUUUUUAGGAAUGUCCUAGAGACUCGGGAGUUGGUUCAGUGCACUCAGAAAAAUCCUAGCUCCAAGCCCAACCCUAUCCCUAGCUCCAACACUAACCCUAACUCCAACCCUAACCCUAACCCUAACCCUAGCUCCAACCCUAACCCUAACCCUAACCCAUGCAUUCCUAUGGGAAAAAAUCAAAAAAAUUUUUUGGAACGUCCUAGAGACUCGGGAGUUGGUUCAUUGCACUCAGAAAAAUCCUAGCUCCAAGCCCAACCCUAACCCUAGCUCCAACACUAACCCUAACUCCAACCCUAACCCUAACCCUAACCCUAGCUCCAACCCUAACCCUAACCCUAACCCAUGCAUUCCUAUGGGAAAAAAUCAAAUUUUUUUAGGAACCUCCUAGAGACUCGGGAGUUGGUUCAUUGCACUCAGAAAAAUCCUAGCUCCAAGCCCAACCCUAACCCUAGCUCCAACACUAACCCUAACUCCAACACUAACCCUAACCCUAACCCUAGCUCCAACCCCACACCUAACCCUAACCCUAGCUCCAACCUCAACACUAGAAGGACCGGCUUUUUGCUGUUCUACCUAUAAAGACCAGAGGGCAGCCAAAUGGCUUGGAGGGCUUUUAGCUAGUACUAAAUCACCUCUGAACACUCAGUUUGUUAUGCAAACGAGGCUAUCGCUGGUGCACCACAGGACGGGAUAUUCUAAGUUAUUUCAAGGAAACUUGUGUUGUGGGGAGAGUGAGUGGGGAGGGGGAGGGGAGUUUCCAACCUGAGAACAACUGUAGACAGAAACUGCUUCAGCCAUAGCCACUGCACAGACAGUUUGGGCCUCUGUUUGUUUUGUUUGGUUCUACUUCUCCUGAUGUUCCUGCACCUCAGCAGAUGCCCCAGCGGUCGGUCCACGGACAAAAACUGUUUGUACUUUAUAUUAAUGACAUUGUAAAUGUAUCUAAAUUGUUAAAUUGCAUACUGUUUGCAUAUGACACUACAUUUUUUAUACUCUGGUGAAGCUGUUGAGAGUAUGAAUGUGAGAAUGACCAUAACGACUCAGGUGAAUGCAACCAGUCCCAUUCACAGGAUCACUAUUUGAUUGACAAUUUAUCACAUUUUCUGGUUUGCUGGUGAGCAAACCUGGGAAACCCCCAGAUCAUGGCAACCAUGCCCCGAAAUCGCUUCAAAGACAUCAUGCGACACCUACGCUUUGAUGACAGGGACACCCGCAGUGAGCGCACAAAGACUGACAAGUUUGCUGCAAUUUCUGCUGUGUGGUCGUCAUUUGUCACCAACUGCAUCACAUCCUACAACCCUGGUCGACACAUCACCAUUGACGAACAGCUUUUCCCCUCAAAGACUCGCUGCUGUUUCCUGCAGUACAUUGCAACGAAACCUGACAAGUUUGGGAUCAAGUUUUGGGUGGCUUGUGACUUGAAAUCCAAGUACAUCUGCAAUGUCCUCCCAUAUCUUGGCAAGGACCCCAGUCGUCCCAGUGGGGAGAGACUGUCCGAGAAUGUAGUCAUGAGGCUGAUGGAACCAUUCCUGGACAAGGGCAGAAAUGUUACCACGGACAAUUUCUUUACAUCACUGUCACUUGCGCAACAACUGCUUAGGCGGAAAACCACCAUCCUAGGCACAGUCAACAAGAUUCGCCAGGAAAUUCCACAUUUAGACAGAGGGACUGCAAUGAACUUUACAAUGCUACAAAGUGCAGCGUGGAUGUGAUGGACCAGAUGGUGCGGGAGUACACUGUCCGCACAGGAACAUGGCGCUGGCCAGUCGCUGUGUUCUAUAACAUGAUUGAUACGGCAGCAUUGGAUGCACAUGUGCUGUAUCAAGCAUGCACCGGGAGGAAGGAGAGACGGGUGGACUUCCUGGUGGAGCUUGCAAGAGAGUUGGCUAACUCUCAUGUGACUGCGAAGAAGGCAUGAAAGGAAGAAUUGCUUCGGCAACAACCUUCCACACCUAGCCCUGGGAAAAGAGCCAUGUGCCAGGUUAAAAAUCAGUGUAGGAACAAUCAUGCCACUGUGCGAUGUGUUGACUGCUACAGAUACACAUGUGGGAAAUGCAGAAGGGAGAUACCAUGGCAGUGCCAGGAUUGUGAGUGAGAGUCUAACACUGUAUCCUGAUGAUGCAUGCAUAUUCACCUGAAGUCCAUCACCAACCUUUUUAUACUUUAUAUAUGUCCUGCAUGCUCUUGUUAUUUUCUAUUCUUGUAUUUUACAUAUUAUUCUCCGUUUAAUGUUGCACCAUCACGCCGUAAAAAAUCCUAGCAUUGUACAUAGCCUUUCAUACUUUUAUUCUUUAUAUAUGUCCUGCAUGCUCUUAUUUUUUAUUCUUGUAUUUUACAUAUUAUACUCUGUUUAAUGUUGCACCAUCACGCCGUAAAAAAUUCCUAGUCUGUGAAACCUGUUCAUUGACAAUAGCAAUAAAACCCCUUGUGAUUCUGAUUCUUGUUCUUAUUCUAUACAGUUGUUUAAAUUUUGUUUAUUUUUAAUCAAUAAAUUUCAGCAACAAAGUAAACAACCCAUGUGUGUUGAUCCCUUUCUUUCUGUUGUCCCUUCCCA